GCCACAAGAUGGCGCCGACGUCUACAGGCUUUUUCAUUAAUGGUAUCCUAGCAACCAGGCCAACAGGAACCUGCACGGGCUACAAGCUCGAUUUGUAAGACAUUUUUUUUACUUUAAACAGAACCGUUUUAGUCUUUUCUAAUAAGUAUUAUUACUUAUUAAUUAACUUAAAAACUCGUUUGAGAAAAGCAUUUGUGGCUGCCUAGUCCAGCCGUUAAAACAUGAUGGACAGCGAUAGUCCUCAGAAACGGAUGCCUGCACCUCGUAUCUUCGUGGAAAGAACUUUGGCUUUAAUCAAACCAGAUGCAGUCCAUAAAGCUGAUGAAAUCGAGGACAUCAUUCUUACAUCUGGAUUCACAAUUCUGCAGAAAAGAAAGCUUCAGCUGAGUCCUGAGCAAUGCAGUGACUUUUAUGCGGAGCAUUAUGGCAAGCUGUAUUUUCCCCAUUUGACCGUGUUCAUGAGCUCUGGAUCAGUUGUUGCUUUAGCACUGGCCAGGCAUCAGGCUAUUGCCACCUGGAAAGCUAUAAUGGGACCAGUCAACAGCAUAAAAGCUAGAGAGACACAGCCUGACUGUCUGAGGGCGAGAUUUGGCACAUGUGACCUUCGAAAUGCUGUGCAUGGCAGUGACUCUUUCUCUGCUGCUGAGAGAGAAAUCAGGUUCAUGUUUCCCAACUCUGUGAUCGAACCCAUUCCUAUGGGAGAGGCUGCAAAAGACUACCUAAACCGGUAUGUCAACCCAACACUUCUCAAUGGACUGACAGAGCUGUGCAAGAAGAAACCCGCGGAUCCUUUUACCUGGCUUGCUGACUGGUUAAUGGAAAAUAACCCUAAUAAACCCAAAAUAUCUGUUGAAGUAGAAAUAAAGGAGGCAGCGUGAUUUACCAACAAGAUUUACUGUAUUCAUGUGUUUCAUGUAUUACUGUCUUUGUAAUUUGGUCACAUUUUUAUAUUGUCUAAACUUCAUUAUAAAAUUAAAGUUUUUUAACCACCUUCAUUUUAUAAACACUUUUUGUUUGUACCUAUUUGUUUCAUUCAUACAAACAUUAUAUUUAGAGUUCCUUUAAAACAUAAGACAUAACUGUAAGAUUACUACAACCGUACUAGGCCCCUUACAUAACAUCCAGCAACAUCUCAUUCUUCAGAUUAAAUCACAUUUUUGCAUUAUUAUACCACUCUGAUUGCGACAAACACAUAUACUUCACGCAACUGAUGUGUAAAAUAAAGAACCGAAUUACAUAAGGUACGAUUACAUUUUUUCAAUAACAAAAUUGUAAGAAUUCAAAUAAUGCAAUAUUGCGGCUGCGACCUAUUCAAACAAUCUUUAAUUGUGUUAAGUCUAAUCACAAACGUCUGUUUCUUACAUUUUCUCCUCUGUCCGGCGGCUUUUAAAACAUAAAACAUCAAAACAUUUUGUUCACAACUUGUUUGUAAACCAAACAGGAACAAAGAGUUCUUCCCCCACUCAACACGAAGGUUCAUCAGAAGAAU